AUGCCAUCAGCAUUCGACGACUCGAAGAAAUACCAGGAGCAAGAGGACGUCUUCUUCGACGAUGGCAGAGAGAUCGAGUUGCUGCACUAUGUGUACGGCCGAUCAGACAUCGAUGAGAUCAGGGGCUCGCCCACAGCAGUUCUGAAAGCUGUUGACGACUUUGCUCGUACUCAGAAGUAUCUGAUGAACGUCGGCGAAGACAAAGGUCGAAUAGUGUCAGACCUGAUAGCCGAGGUCAAGCCGGAGACCAUGGUCGAGCUGGGCGGCUACGUGGGCUACUCGUGCAUUCUCUUUGGCGAUGCUGUACGCAAAGCAGGUGGAAAGCGGUAUUUUAGUCUGGAGAGGAACCCCGAGUUCGCUGCUGUGAUUAUGGGGCUCGUAGAGCUGGCAGGGUUGUCAGAUGUGGUCAAGGUCGUCGUCGGAUCCUCAGACGCGUCACUGAAGCGAUUACAUGACAAUGGCCAACUGAAGAAGAUCGAUCUCAUGUUCCUCGACCACUACAAGCCAGCAUACACGACAGACUUGAAGCUUUGCGAGGAGCUUGGCAUAGUCGGACCAGGAACUGUGCUUGCCGCCGACAAUGUGGUCAAGCCUGGAAACCCGCCGUAUCUGGAAUACGUACGCAGCUCGGUCGAGCAGAAGCGGAAGGGCAUAAGCGGAAAAUUGAGCAAUGGCGAUGCUAAGUCACGGUUCGCCACUCACGCGACUGGACAGUACGACAGGAGGGAAGGUCGAGUCACUCUCAACGACUGCAAGGGUAACCCAAAUCUCGUCUACGAAAGCAAAUUGGUGGAGAGCUGGGAGCCGAGUGGCGAGCCUGACGCGGUCGAGAUCACAAGAUGCGUUGGUGAGGAAGCUGCAAAGCAAUAG